GUCCAAGCGUGGGGUAAACACAAUGAGCACCAGAUCCCUUGUCAUGGCGAUGGGUAAAUUCCAAGGUGCGGUAAAACCACUCCCUCUUCCAGGACAUGUAGUGAAGUCCUCGAGCUCUCGAUACAGCACAGUGGUCGUUCCGACGAGUGAAGCGGUCGAAAACGUUAUGAAGAAAGUGUCGGUGAAGCGAUCUACAUGCUCACGACUUAUCUGCUGCCCAACCGGGAAUAUUACGCUCAACUCCGCGGAAUGACGCAGAAUGAGCUGAUCCAAACGUUGGUGAGCGUCAUGUUUUACUGCACACUGCAGCUCGGCUCGUUGCUGCUGCUAUUCUUCAUCUUACAGCGGAAAUUGGGGCUGCCACCGAUACACCAGUUGGCGUUUGUGUUGGAGAAGCAGUACGUCGGUGUUCAGGUCCGGUUCAUCUUCUGGGUGUUUUACCAUGCGCAGGCGUCCCUGCAACAUCUAGGUUACGACUACUCGUUUCGAUUUGCAUGGUUAGACAAUAGGAUAACUUAAGUGGCUCCAGCUUGAGUUUUGUGUUUUCGCUCAAGCCCUACAGCUUCAAAAUAGUGUGAUCACGAAUUAAUCGUUUGGCUUGAUAAGCCAACACGCCAAUUCUCACUUGUGACUUACCCUC